CUUAAAGAGACAGCGCCGGGGCGCCCGCGGAGUGCGGUGAGCGGCAGAUGGCGGCGCUGGGCGGCUGGGUGCUGUACUUCGCCUACGGCAGCAACCUGCUCCGGGAGCGCAUCCUGCUGCGGAACCCCUCGGCGGCCUUCGCGGCGGUGGCCCGCUUGCAGGAUUUUAAACUCGUUUUUGGCAGUCCUCAAGGCAGACCAAGUUCUAACUGGCAUGGAAGUACAGCUACCAUUGUUCAAAGCCCUGGAGACGAAGUUUGGGGAGUAGUAUGGAAAAUGAGCACUAGCAAUUUAAUUUCUCUGGAUAAGCAAGAGGGAGUUGAAGAGGGUCUGUAUGCUCCAAUAGAGGUUGAUGUUAGUACUCAAGAAGGAAAACUACUGACCUGUCGAAGUUACCAGAUGAAAGACUGUGUCUAUGAUCUUCCAUCACCACAGUAUAAAAAGGUCAUCUGCAUGGGUGCAAAACAGAAUGGAUUACCACCUGACUAUCAGAAGAAAUUAGAACUAAUAGCAACCAAUGGUUAUGCAGGACCAGUGUCAGUCUUUGAAGAAAUUGAGGCUGCUGUUAAAAAAGGGAAAACAAUAACUUAAUAAAAUCAUAGAAAAGUAGAGCCAGAAGGGACCUCCAGAGGUCAUCUAGUGCAACCCCCUGUCUGAGGCAGGAUCAUCCUUAUCCAAACCCAUUGUCUAACCCAGGUGUACUCCUAGAGUAAUUCCAAUUCCACAAUGCCUGAUUGUUCAUUUUGAUUUAAGCAUGAAUUUUCUCAAUAGGCUGAUUAGCAACUUCCUUUUUUGAUAAAGAAUGGGGCAGUCCUGGUGUACUUCUAUAGGAAGGGACUGGAUUCAGCAAGUUUAAGGCCCUGGUUUUGCAAAGGUAUGUGUGUAAGUUGGGCUUAACUUCAUGCACCAUCCAGAAAGCUAUGUGUAAAUCUCUAUGGAAUCUGGACCUAAUUCUCUGUAAUCCCCUUAUCGUACUGUUGGUAAAGUUCAUUUUGUCACAUCCUCCUGUUACCAAUCAUCAUAAAAAAGAAACCAGUUAGUUGGGCAGCUUCCCAUUAGGAAUAUUAAGGCUGCAGAAUUGAGCCCCUUGGUUUUUAAGUGUUGUACAUUCAGUUCUCCAGUCUGUUUUAAAAGUCCAUGGGGGUGCAAAGUAGGAAAUUAUACUUUUGCUUUUUACUUAACUAACUUCUGUGGAGCAAGACCUUUUCUGGCUGGAAGGUAUUAAUGUGAUUAUUAAAAAUCAAUCAUUUAACUUCUGUUUGGUCAUUAGCUUCUAAAUCACUUCCUGUGAAUUGGUAUAAUAAAUUACUGACUAUUGGUACUGACUUGUGUGAGACACAUACACAUUUGUCAAUCCACUCUAAUUAAAUUCCUACCAGUACUGUUUAAAAAAUUCCUACCAGCUUCAGUUUAAAAAAAAAAGGGAAAAUUUUAAAAGUCAAUAGAUACUUCAUAGGAGGUAUUUCUAAAAUGCUAAUUCUACAGGUCACCCCCUGCUAUUGAAGAAACUACCAGCUAAGGAUAGCAUUCCAUCUGUAAUAGUGUAAUCAUCUUUAGUGGUAAUUACUAGGGAUUGGUGAAUAAGGCCAGAUAAAAUAAGUGGCUUUGGAUCAUUGCAUGUCUCUCUACUUUCUGUAGAGGUCAGAAAGAUAUGCACAAGGUCUAUUCCACUGGUUAUUGAAAUCAAUGGCAGUCUUUUCAUUCAUCACAAUGAUUUGGAUUGGACCCAAAAGAGAAAUGCUGAGAGUCUCUCUACAAUGCUCACAGCCUCAUAUGAAUUGGGAAGUGUUGUAAACUUUGCAAGAGUCUGACCUUUUGAUAACUGAUUACCGAUGGGGAACUGAACAAUGUGAGGAAACACAAAACAACUGAAUUUUAAUUUUUUUUUCUUUCUAUAUGGAAGAUCAUUGUUUAAAUAUUUUUUUCCUUGAUACACAGGAGAUAAGAGUUACUUCCAGAGUUAAUGGGACUGUGUAUUAUGAAAUAUCAAACUUGCACACGAACUGAUUGCACAAACUUUUUAUAGGUGUGUGCCAGAGCAGUUCAUUUCAUUUCUAGGUGUCAUGUGAACGAUGUUCAUGGAAGCUGAGAUCUCAGAUUUUCAUUAGGCCCCAUUAUAUGCAUACUGUAUACUAUACUGUAUACUGCAUAUAUGAAACCUAUGUAAUAGCAACUAAAAAUUGGGGGUAAAUAAAGUUACAACUGCCAGA